CAUAUUUCUAUCGGAGAUAGAAAUAAGCAAUUAGCGCCUCCUACUCCUCCUCCUCCUCCUCUAGGAACAAGGUAAGCAUUUUCUGAAUUCUGAUGCAUGAAAAUGGGGAAGGGGGAGAAGACGGGGUUAGGUCGUGCUCUUGUGAAGCACCACAACCAGAUGGUUCAGCUUUCCAAAGAGAAGGGACGCUUCUACCGGAACCAGCACAAGAAGGUUCUUGAAUCCGUCACCGAGGUUAACGACAUAGAUGCAGUCAUCGAUCAGGCCGAUGAGGCACACCGCCUAUUUUCCGGCAUCCAUCCUCCCGCUAGCAUUCUCAUCAAUCUGGAUCCUGGCUCAAGUGAGGUUACAGAUGAGAAGAGGAGAGAGUUACAAAAGAGAGAGGAGGAGUUGCACGCUAGCAGUCUUCGUGUUCCAAGGAGGCCCCCAUGGAAUAGUAAAAUGUCUGUAGAAGAGCUUGAUAACAAUGAACGGCAAGCGUUUCUAAUUUGGCGCAGGAGCCUUGCAAGACUUGAGGAGAAUGAGAAUCUUGUCCUUACUCCAUUUGAGAAAAAUCUUGAUAUUUGGAGACAACUUUGGAGGGUAGUGGAACGUUCUGAUUUGCUUGUGAUGGUGGUUGAUGCUCGGGACCCACUCUUUUACCGCUGCCCUGAUCUUGAGGAAUAUGCCAGAGAAGUAGAUGAACACAAGAAAACAAUGCUUCUAGUAAAUAAAGCAGAUCUUUUACCUUUAUCUAUCAGGAAAAAAUGGGCUGAAUACUUUCACCUUCAUGGCAUUCUCUAUGUAUUUUGGUCGGCAAAGGCUGCUUCUGAAGAUCUUGAAAGGAAAGAACUUGGCACCUCCGAGAUUCAAGAUAACGUGCAUGAAUCCAGUGAUGAUAAGACAAGAAUCUAUGGUAGGGAGGAACUAUUGUCUCGUCUAUUGUCUGAAGCAGAGGAUAUAGCCUUGACUAGGAAAAUUUUGAAGCCCAUUCAUCCCACGACUUCAACAAGAAAUGCAGAAACUAGAGGUGUAAUGGUUGGAUUUGUAGGGUAUCCCAAUGUUGGGAAAAGUUCAACCAUUAAUGCUUUAGUAGGGGCAAAACGGGCCGGUGUAACUUCCACUCCAGGGAAGACAAAACAUUUCCAGACACUGAUAAUAUCUGAAAAACUCACAUUAUGUGAUUGCCCUGGUCUAGUGUUCCCGUCCUUCACAAGUUCAAGAUACGAGAUGAUUGCUUCGGGGGUUUUGCCGAUUGAUCGCAUGACUGAGCACCGGCAUGCUGUUCAGGUUGUGGCAAACCGAGUUCCUAGAAAAGUCAUAGAAGAUGUCUAUAAGAUUUCAUUGCCAAAACCAAAACCAUAUGAACCACAAUCGCGCCCACCUUUGGCAUCAGAGCUUUUGAGGGUCUAUUGUGCAUCCCGUAAUUACGUCUCUUCAAGUGGACUGCCUGAUGAAACUAAAGCAGCCCGCCAAAUUUUGAAGGAUUUUGUUAACGGUAAGCUUCCUCACUAUGAACUUCCACCCGAUGUCGGUGAUGGCUGUAGUGGUGGUGGUACUGAUGCCCACCACAACGUCGACAAUCCAAAUGAUGAUAAUGAUGGUGGGACCAGCCUCUCAGACGAUGAUUCAUCUGGAAUUGAUGAACAACCUUUGGGAAGUGAACUAGAGGAUGCACCAAGUCUUGACCACGUCUUGAAUGAUCUAAAUGCAUUUGACAUGGCCAAUGGGAUAGCCCCUAGAAAUGCUGCAACAGCCAAUAAAAAGAAGUCCUCAAAGGCACCCCACAAACAGCAUAAGAAACCACAGAGAAAGAAAGACCGGACCUGGAGAGUCAGCAAUGACGGCGGUGAUGGUAUGCCAUCAGUUAAGGUUUUCCAAAAACCCAUUAAUACCGGCCCGGUAAAAAUCUAGCUGUGGUCCACUGUGAGAAUCUAUUGUCCGGGCGGGCGGGUUUCGUGUUGGAUUGCAAAUGAAAGCCAUGAGUGACUGCUCUUGUAGUUGAACUUUUGGGUACUUUAUAGUAUUGCUGCAUAUAAUCGGUAUGGCACUUACAGUUUGGCUAUCAUUUCCUAUGUCUGUUUGUUUGCUUGUCAUCACAUUUAUGAUAUAUGCUUAAUGAAUAGAUAAUGUCUCU